CAGGAAUUAAAAUGCAUGCCUCUCAUUGCCUGGGAGAGCGAGUAACGGGGAACGCGAGAAACUCUCCAUCCAUCCAUCCAUCCUCCUCCUCCUCCUCCUCCAAGCAGAAACGCACGGAUGUGCGUGCUCCAGGAGGAGAGUAAAACCUCCUCCCGGUGUUUUCACAAUCCAAAACAGAAAAGGAGAGAGAGGAGGGGCGGGAGUGGAGGGUACCAACGGUGUGAGGUUGCCAGUUUGGAGCUUGUUUUCCCCUUAAAUUGGACCCUGCAAGCUGUGACCGAGGCUGAUUCGCUCGCCUUUUUCCUUCUCCGCGAAGCUGCUGCUGCUGCCACACCGCGCAGAAAUAACGGGACUUCACUCGCAGCCCGUCUCUGACUUUUAAGUGGAUCAUUAAAGAAUGGAUGGCACAUCAGUCGUUGACCCCACAGAGUCAACAUCUGAGUGGUCAGUGAAACUGGCUGUAUCUGCUUAACCGGGAGCCAUCGAGCUGACAGAGUCACACAGUGGAUUUACGGUUCUUUGUUUUUUGAUGAAUCUGCAAAGAAACCACAUGGAUGGAUUUCAUUAGGGACAUUCGUGAACCCAAACCCUGUGUCGCCUGAACAAUAAGAACAACAGCCUGAGCCUCUUGCACCAUGUGGUCAACAGGGUUGCAUUUUUCUCACACCUUUGGGACUCUAGAUUUAUCAUGAUGCUAUUUUUGUCCAUUGCACUCCCAAAGUUCCCAGCCAACUAAUUCUGACUGUGGCAACAUGUCUCUACUCAAGCGGAGGAAAAUCAGGACUUUUGCUCUUCUAUUUUGCGCCAUUACAUUCACUACAUUCCUGUUCAGUUACACUUUCCGGGACCCCUCGCUCUACUUUUUCAAGUACGCUUUUCACCUGUCGGAUAACUUUUUCUCCAAAGGGCUGUGCGCCUGUCAACAGUGCAUGAUCGAGCUGGAGGAUGACCCAUGGUUUGCUGAGCGCUUCAAUCAGUCCAUCCAACCUCUCAUGACCAGGGAGAACAGCGUCCUCUCUGAUGAAACCUUUAAAUGGUGGCAGUGGUUGCAGUCAGAGAGGCAGCCAGCCAAUUUCAGUGGAGUGGUGGAGGAGCUGUUCCAAGUCAUCCCUGAUGAGGUGCUCUACAUGGACGCGAGCCCCGAGCGCUGCAGGACCUGUGCCGUGGUGGGGAACUCUGGGAACCUGAAGGGGUCCCAGUACGGCAGCCUCAUCGACUCCAGCGACUUCAUCAUAAGAAUGAACCAGGCUCCGACCACUGGUUUUGAAGAGGACGUGGGUGCAAGAACAACACAUCAUGUCAUGUAUCCUGAAAGUGCCAUAGACCUGGACAACACCACCAGUCUGGUCUUGAUUCCUUUCAAGACUCUGGACCUGCAGUGGAUCAUUAGUGCUCUGACCACGGGUACCAUUAAACACACAUAUAUACCUGUUUCAUCCAGGAUAAAGGCAAACAAAGAUAAGGUGCUGAUUUACAGUCCCACAUUUUUCAAAUAUGUUUAUGAGUCCUGGCUUGAAGGCCAUGGAAGAUACCCCUCCACUGGCUUCCUCAGCUUGCUGCUCGCUAUCCACAUAUGUGAUGAGGUCAGCGUGUUUGGAUUUGGUGCAGACCAGUAUGGAAACUGGCACCACUACUGGGAGGAGAACCAUUUGGCCGGAGCGUUUCGACACACAGGAGUCCAUGACGGAGAUUACGAAUACAAUGUCACCCUGCUGCUGGCAGACAAGCACAAAAUCCAAAUGUUUAAAGGCAGAUGAUACCGAGCCCAUACGUGCAGUGGGAUGCCUACCAAAUUAACCUUUUAAUGUUUGUUUUCCUCCCUCUUACGCAAGGACAAUAUUUUUUAUCAUGAUUUCCAAAGACAUUCUCGCUUGAACUCUUCUGGUAUGUCCAGUUUCCUUUUCCUCACUUAAUCUACUGUUUAAGAAACAUCCGCCCUACUGACAAACCAACAGAGCUUUUGCCUGGGAAUGAUCAACAAGCCAAAAGCAACACUGCCACUUGUUUCAAAAUCUUUAAUCCUAACUCAAAUGUGUCUGGGAGUGAAGAAAAAGAAGACGAGAAGAUCUGUCAUCAACAAGCAUGCUAUACAGAAAAAGCUUUUGUACUAUUACAUAGUAUGCGGGCAGUGUACUCUUUUUGUUCUCUUUUCUAUAGAUAUUUGGCAUUGUGGCUACCUGAAGCUUUGUGUGUUAUUGGUCAUUGACACAAAAUAAGCCCUGUUGACAAGAGUAGUCAGACAAUAUGCCAUAAUGACUCACAACUAAUGGCUCUGUUGAUGUAUAGACAAAGUAAGGAGGAUUUCAUGCAGCGUCUAUCAUUGUCAUUCAUGCAGGAGGAGCGUCCUGCAGCAGCAAACAUUUUAAUUAGCUUCACAGAAAACACACUAUUGAUUAUGAUGUAAAUAUCACUUCAGUGAAGGAGUUUUACAUUGUAAUAAUCGCAGGUAUGAGAGAAAAUCAGCUCUUUUUUCAUCACACUGAACGAUUCUGUUCAAAGUCUCAUAAACAACCUGCACUACAAAGCUACUCGUACCUUGCUUGUCUGAUUGCAGCUGCAAAUUAUAGGCCAAAAUCCAAAAUCAUUCGCAAAGAACACAUUUUGCUAUAAUUUACACCCACAGAGCGAAAGCCAGGAUUUUAGAAAUGCCCAGGUCCCUCCAACACACCAUCGACCCCACUUAGAAAGUUUUAACCACGCACCAACAAUGAAGUGGCUAAAAUUAUUCAAACUGACCAUAUUUCAUUUAUUAAUUGAUUUAUUUUAUUACAGAAUAUUCCCUCAAUAUUUCUCAACAUGAAAGUCCUCUCCACAUUGCCAGAAAUGACAUUCUGGUGGUGAAAUCUUAAAUCCAUUAUUUAUAACCUGAGGGUUUUCAAAUUUUAACAUAUUCAGUCCAAAAAUACUAAAACCAGUCCCCACAAACACACCUUGUCUACUUUUUAUAGGGAUGGCAAUGUUGGUUGGUCAGUUUCUGCAUUCAUACAUACAUUCAUGCUCCCCAUUGGAUGAAUCUCAGUAACUUUCCUGAUCCCUGACUUUUUCCUUUAUCACCACCAGCAGGUUGACAUUUGUGGAUUUGGCUGGAAUAUCUCUUCACUAUUGAACAGAUGGCGAUGGAAUUUGGUAUAUACAUUCAGAAUGAAUUGUAAUAAUUUAUUGAAAACUGAUCAACUUCAUUGCUUUUUAAUAUUCUGAAUAUUAUGCCUACCAUUACAAAAGAAGUUGACAUGGGAAACAAAAGACUGAGAAAGUUGCAGAAUGCUUAAAAUAGUAUAAUGGUUGUAGGUUGCAGGUUGGUCAAAGUUCAGGCUUUCACAAGCAAGGUCCAGCACUUUGGGAAAAACUGUGUGGGCAAAUAGUUAAUAGUCAAACAAUUUCCAAAACCAACACUGAAUGCCAAUGACCUUAGAUUCCUGUAGCACUGAAUUAAAAACCAACACAAUUAUAUAAAAGGAUGCUACCAUGGGGGCUUGGGAACUUCAUAAAAACUGUUGUGAGUGAACAAAGUUCAGUUCUUCUUCUACAAAUGCAAGUUAAGACUCUACAAUGCAAAGUGAAAGCCAUAUAUCAACAACAUCCAGAAGCAUCGCUGGGUUCAUCUGAGUUGGACUGACACAAAGUGGAUAGGUGUACUAUGAUAUGACAAGUCUACAUUUCAAAUUGUUUUUGGAAAGUAGCUGUGACUAUCAGCACUGUACUGAAGCAGUGGUAGCAUCAUACUGUUUUAGAAAUUAGGAUUACAGAAGAAGGAUUACAGAUUAUAAACUACAUAGCUCAUUACAAAGCAAGCAGUCUCAUGAGAAACCAUAAUUUUAAGAUUGAUUUUUGGACUUUCCAUUGGCUCUACAGGAGACCUGGAUUUAGAUUUUUGCUAUAGUGAAAUCAUUGAUGAGAUAUUCAUCACUCAGUGCUAUGAAAAAAUGAUAGAAAAGUUUGAAAUGCUCCAGGUUCUUUAUCAAGUUGUGGACAUUCUUCAUGUAUAAUGUAAGUUACAGCCUACACAGGGGUGCCUUAUCAUUAAAUUCAAUGAUGUACGAUACAUUUUGGAUGUACAUUGUGACAUAUAUUUUUUCGUGAAAAGUCGGUGGUAAGUGCCUUUGAUGGGAGUUUUUGAAGACUUAAUUUCACCAGGAUUCAAAUUGUGCUAUAUUGUAAUCAUUAUCAUUAUGUGUUACCAAAUUUGUGAGACACUUUAACAAGUUUAUGUUGUUCUUGUGUAUUCAGUGUUAGUAUUACCAUCUUACCAAGUCCAAAAAUUGUUUAUAUACUGUACAUGUUGGUUAGGUAUGUCAACAUCUUUGACGAAACACUAUGUUUUUUUCCAGGCUUGAUGCACUUGCUGAACGUGUUGUACAUGUGUGAAUGUGUGAAUUACUAAAUGCUUUAUGAUUUCAAGAAAACACAGAUGCUCUUA